AUGCAUCCACUAAAGAACCUAGACACUCAUAUUUUUUCUGGGGACUUCCACACUCCAGACUCCUGCCACACAGGCAAGGCACCUUUGGCCAGUCCUGUGGAAAACCGGAUGUAUCGGAGCGUGGAGAACCUACACUGGUCAACAGUUGCUGACUCUGGGCUGUAUUCUCACUGCCGGAGCUUGGAUAACGAGAUCAUCUUUCGCUAUAGGGCCCCCAGCCAGUGGACAGAAGGCUGUGUGGAUGUGGCUCCAGUACAGAGCACAUCGGACUCUCUGAGAAACUUUUCUCUCCGUGCUAAACAGACACCUCGAUCAGCACAGAAUGUGCUCCUCCCUCCCUUUGCCAAAGUGCCUCAGUGGCUUUUCCCUUCAGCGGAGGAAAAAGCCCUACACGGGGGUGCCAAAAAAGAGCUGAAGGAGAAGCUGAGGCUGCACAGCAGUAAGGUGGCAGAGCCCUGCAAGCCAGUGCGUCCGCAGGUGGCACUGCCUGACGUGAUGGCCCAGGAGUUUUUUGAAUGCCAGAUGUGCCAGCAGUACAAGAACGGUUGUGCUGUCAGCUGCUGCACGGUUUUGGUGGAACACGCUGCUCUCAGGCACAGCCUCACAGGGAGGCAGAGACUGUGUUUUGCACACAGGAUCGUUAGUCCAGAAGUCAUCAAGCAGGAGGCUCGGAGGAGGCUUCAGCUCCGAAGGCAGAACAGCUCCCCCAGUUUGCUCCUUCAGCAUGCCAGGGAAAGCCAUGAGAUGGCCAAAUCCAGAACAGCAGAAACCCUGGAACAGUAUAGUGGGGGAACAGAUGUCAAAGCCGCACUGGGAGAGAGCAAGAAAGGCCGCUGCAAAGGGAGGCUCUACAUACCCACCUUUGAGGAAUUCAAGCAAAUGAGAAGUAAGGACGCAAAUUCAUCUGCCACCAGCAGUGGGCCAACAGAAUGCGUGAAUAAGGGUCUGCCUGCAAACCAGACCCUGGAGGAGGAGAACAAUGAGAGCCUCUGUCCAGAAGCUCUGGAGACCAAAGCUGUGAAUGAGGCUGCUGUCACAGCGGAGGAUGAUGAUGAUGUGUUCCAUGAAAACCACACCUCUGCUGGCUUUUCCCAAUAUCCAGCCACAUGGGACAGUUUCAGAAUGAGCAGCCCUGAGGUGAAGGACAGAACCUUCGAGAUCUCCAGCCCGGAUAGAUCCCCGGUCCCUAUUUGCUCUAGCCCUAUUCCACGAUCACCUUUGCAGGCAGUAGCAAUACACAAAGCUGGGCAGGAGAUCUUCAGUGGUGAGCAGCAGAAAGGAGAGACAAGACAAUUAAAUGAUGUCCUCCACCUUGCAGGGCAGUCGCUGGCUUCUGAAGCCCAGUCCUCUUGCUGUUCAUCGCUGCUGUUAGAAGCCACAGACUUAUCCAGCUAUGGAGCUAAGCUACAAAAAAUGAAGGAUGAAUUCAUAGGUUCAGCCCUGGAACUUAUUAAGAAAAGCUGCAAUGCUGAGACUGCUGCCAAAUCCCCCUCCAAGGGUCAGUGUGAUCUGAGGGAACCUGAUCUCCCGCCGCCGGAGGACAGCCAGCAGCCCACAGCGAUGUCCGUGGCAACAGAGACCUGGGAGGACAAACCGAGCAGUGGGACAGCCGGCGACACUCCACCUGCAGGGAAUACCCCCAGUCCUGGCUGCCGCCGAUCCAGCUCCGACAUCGUCCAUGAGAGCACGGACGGUGCCAAGGCCCAGCGAGAGUGCCGGCUGCGGCCGCACUUCAGUGACCCUAUGCCGUCAGACUCGGUGAAGAGGAAGCAGCUGGAGCUGAAGAUUGCGGCUGCAGCGCGGCAGCACGCACAGAAGCGCCGGCAGGAGCGAGACUACGGUCCAGUGGUAGCAAAAGCCAACCUGGGCGGGCUUGGGUGAGCCCCGCCGCGCCCCGCGUGGCUCCCUGCGCUCCAGGCAUCAUUGGAGCAACGUCAGCAGC